AAGCCAAAAACACCAUAAUCUCCAUCCAUGGCUUCAAUAUUCUUACAAGUUCUUGCACUACUCGCAGUGCUAUAUUUUCUUCAAGAAUUACACAACAAAUUCAUGAAAAAAAAGAAAAAACUUCCUCCUGGCCCUAAAGGGCUUCCAAUUAUAGGAAAUCUGCAUAUGAUUGGCAAAAAUGUCCACCAAGAUCUUCAUCAAAUAGCCAAAAAAUAUGGCCCCAUAAUGAGCAUGAGAUUUGGAGUGGUUCCUGUAAUUGUUGCUUCAUCUCCUCACGCUACUGAACAAUUCUUGAAAAACCAUGAUCUUGUUUUUGCCAGUAGACCAAAUAAUAACAUUAUGCAAUUCAUCGCGUACAAUCAGAAAAAUUUGACAUUUGCAAAAUAUGGACCUUAUUGGAGAAAUAUGCGAAAAUUGUGCACGUUAGAAUUGCUUACUACUCAAAAGACCAAUUCAUUUCAAGCCAUAAGAAAACAAGAAGUUGCAAAUUUUGUGACUUUUAUCAAUCGGGCAGCUUGUAGUCAUGUUGAAGUUGAUAUUAGUGCUAAACUUGCCACAUUAAGUGCUAACAUGGCUUGUUUAAUGUUAUUUGGAAAAAAAUACACGGAUGAUGAAUUUGAUGAAAGGGGUUUUGUGGAUGUGAUUCACGAGAGUUUGGUUAUAACAGCAAAACCAAAUAUUGGUGAGUUUUUUCCUUUUCUUAAUAUGUUUGAUCUGCAGGGAGUUGUUUCUCGUAUGAAGGAAUUAGCAGAGAUUUAUGAUGAAUUUUUGGAGAGAGUUAUUGAUGAACAUGUUCAAGAUUCUAAGGAGGAGAAGCAAACCAAGGAUAUUGUUGAUACUAUGAUGAAUAUCAUGCAAUCCGGCGAAGUUGAAUUUGAGUUCGAUCGUCGCCAUGUCAAAGCUAUUUUGCUGGAUCUACUAAUAGCUUCAAUGGACACCUCAUCAACUGCAAUUGACUGGAUUUUUUCUGAACUUUUAAGGCACCCGAAAGUAAUGAAGAAAUUACAAAACGAAUUGGAACAAGUAGUUGGCAAAAAUAGAAUGGUGGAAGAGUCAGACUUGGAAAAAUUAGAGUACUUAGACAUGGUCAUAAAAGAAGGCUUUAGGCUUCACCCCGUAGCACCACUAUUGAUUCCUCAUGAAUCCAUCGAAGAUUGCAUAAUUGAUGGCUUUGAUAUACCUAAAUGUUCAAGACUUCUAGUAAAUACUUGGGCAAUUGGAAGAGAUCCAGAAGUUUGGUCCAAACCCGAGACGUUCAUGCCAGAAAGAUUUAUUGGUAGUAACAUCAAUCUUCGUGGAUGUGAUUUUCAACUUUUACCAUUUGGCUCUGGGAGAAGAAGUUGCCCCGGAUUACAAUUAGGGCUCACAAUCGUUCGCUUGGUGCUAGCGCAAUUGGUUCAUUGUUUUGACUGGGAGUUACCAAAUGGUAUGAUGCCAAAGAAUUUAGACAUGACUGAGAAAUUUGGUUUAGUUAUGGCUAGAGCUCAACAUCUAAUGGCUAUUCCUACUUAUCGAUUGCAUGUGUAGUUGAUAUUAGAAUGUCAAAUGAGUAGGUUGGGCUGAGUUGAUAUUAAGAUAUUAAAUUAAAGGGCAACUUACAUAAAUAACU